UGGCAACAUAGAUGGCUUUUCCUCCCAACAGUUGCUUCUUUGAGUCAAGCUGCAGCUCUGCUCACCCGGCUGCCUCUUUGGCCUAGGGGCCCCUCAAAGUGUGGGGCCUGAAGGACAACUGUGACUUGCCCUCUCAGGACUGUUAGCAGCAGAACCAGGUUUACAUGGAUCAAAUAGUAUUCAAGAACAUCUGGAAUGAUGAGUUCUGGGAGAACCCCUGGAAUCUGGGGGGCCUGAUAGUGAUUGGCUUAUUCACCAUCACGUUCCUGUUUUUCAUCUUGUUUGCUGUUGUGUUUGGUUUGCUCUCAACGACGGAGAGGACUGAGGGUGAAAAGGAGUGACCUAAUUUCCUGGGGGCCCAGAAGGCAGCAGGGAGAAGCAGACUGACCCUGCCUGCUUACCUCAUCCUGCAGUUGCCCCUUCAUAGGCCCUUCUGGCUCGGGGCCAAGUCCUGGUGUCCUGUCUCACCAGGAAAGAGUCUAGUCAAAUAGUGGAUCUGGCUUAGGGGUUGGUCAGAUAGCAAGAUGGGGAGGCUGGUUUGAUACCCAUUCUGGGUCCCCCACCCUGCUGCCACCACAACCCUCAAGCACAUGAAGAGGGCCUCUCCUAUGCCUCAGGUGAGAGGAGUGAUGGCUAACAAGGUCCUCUAACAGCAACUUCACAAGUCCUUGACAGAGGAGGACACAAAACCACUAGAUGAAGUAAAAAUUCCUUUUCAAAUCUGCUAACUUUGUGAGAGCUUAUUUUCCAUCUAGAUGUGGUAACUAGAAUCAGCUUCCCUAGCAAACCUCACUGGGCUUUUAAGUAUCUAAGGUCUAGCCUAUCUCACCUGCUGCCUAGCAUGUGUCCCUGGGUUCUCAGCAUGACUUUCAGUUCCUGAAUAUGCCAUGGUCUCUCCUGCUACAGGGCCUUUGCACACAUUCUUCCCUCUGACUGGGAUGCUCUCCGUCAUUCCACACCUCACUCCUAGUUAGUGCUUUCUCAUUCUUCAGAUCUCGUUCUAGA